AUGUCACUUUCCGAUCUGCCCGAUGACAUUCUCAUUCGUCUUUUGUCGGAAUCGUCACCUCGAGAUGUGGCACGAGCGAAACGUCUCAAUCAUCGUUUUAAUCACAUCGUCGAACGAUACAAUAUUGGCAAACCAAUUGUCAAAGAGUUCAGCGUUGAAUCGCGUCUGGCGACGACGCCGACAAGGCCUUUCGGAAAACUGCGAAUCGGCAACAUGCUCACCGCGAAACAGCGCAGACGGCUGGUCGUUACAAUGAAAAGAGAAAAAGGUUCGAAAUGUGUGGAACGUGUGGAUGAUCCAGGCUGCUCGAAUGACCAAAAAGAGUUCAUUCAAGAGAAUAUGAGAAAAGUUGUGAUGAGCGAGCGUCUUUCUUUCGAUGGUGUCACAUUAGACAACGACUUUUAUAAUAUGCUCACAGCACGAUGGAACGAUUUAAGGCACGUGUCUUCGCUCUCACUGUCAUUCUGCCACAUCCAUCUCUCGAGCGCCCAGUUUGCUGACCUCCUUUCCCGCAUGUCAAUCCGUCAUAUGAUCCUCGACUUUUGCACAUUCGAUUCGAUGCUCGUUUCCGAUAAAGUGCUUCGAGAAUUACCGUAUCUCGAAACUCUCAAAAUCCAGCCGAGAUCUCAUUGUUGCCUCAGCGAUCUCACCGACGCAACGUUGAACUUUUGGGCAGCGAAAGAGCAGGUGCCAAGGACUGUGCAGAUGUACAAUUGCGCGACAAGAGUGAGCAUCGAUGGUAUUAAAAGUUUACUAACGACAGCAACCGCUCAAACCAGUUCGGUACCCAUCGAUUGGGAUUUCGGUCUGUUGCUGGAACCUGCGCAAAUCGAUAAUAUCAUGAUGUCGCUAAUCUUCUCUCCAGGAGUCCAUGUCACCGUGCAAGACGAUUUCCGCUCCAAACGUGUCCAAUUGAACAAUCGGGCCGAAAAGGCGCAACUCUCAUUCAAUUUAUUCCAAUCCUUGCCGCCAACAAGCUAUACAAUAGUUGGAUGCAAAGCUAGCAAAAAUGGCGAUAAGACUGCCGGUCUUGCACAGCCCAAUAACAAUCAAGUUCUUCUGCAUAUAAACGUUUUCAAAGGAAUGAAUGAUCCAAGAAAAUCUGAGGAAAUUCCACGUUUCAUCACUGACGCGAUGUGUCUAAUGUCCGACUUGUACAACGACACCGAAUUAUCGGAUUUGAUAACUCUUUCGAAAAGCGACUAUCACAUCAACGAUUUUUUGCUUUCACAGCCGAUAUUCGAUCUUCAUUAUGAUUAUAAUGAAUACGAGGAUAAUAGUGUUGAGCCGCGAUCUCUGAAAUUCAACCAAUUACGAAUAUUCCUUAUUGGUCUUUUCUUCUUUUUGGUGUUCAUGUAUCUUCUAUUCGAUUGCCUUGUAUAUACGGAGAAAUCAAAAAGUCUUGUCAAGGAUUAUCUUCGUCGUCAGGAGAAAUUCCAGAAGGACACUGAGAAAUUGAAACAAAUGAAAGGAACUAAUCCGCAACUGGAAGUGACGUCGCCAAAUACGCGAAAUGUUUCUCAAAUUUCACCAACAACGAUUAAUAUGCUGACACCGACUAACCAAAUUUCUCCAAAUAAUGUGAGUACCCUUCCAAAUUCGAAGAAUUCAAUGAAAAAAUCGAAAACUAGCAAAAUCUCGGCUCCCACUAGCGUUGGCUAA